AUGUGGAGAGAUCCAGGAGUUUCAGCUGAUUCUUUCUAUCAAACUCGCCCUGAUUGCACCGAUGUCCCCAUUUCUCGAUUCAAGAUCAAGCCUGGUAAGACACUAAGUCCGAGAAAAUGGCAUGCUGCGUUUACUCAAGAAGGAUAUCUGGAUAUAGGCAAGACUUUGAGACGAAUCUACCGAGGGGGAGUCCAUCCAUCAAUUAGGGGAGAAGUUUGGGAAUUUCUACUUGGCUGCUACGACCCGAAGAGUACAUUUGACGAAAGAGAUCAAAUAAGACAACGCCGAAGGAGGCAAUAUGCUACAUGGAAAGAAGAAUGUCGGCAAUUGUUUCCUCUUGUUGGAAGUGGUAGAUUUAUCACAUCACCUGUAAUUACUGAUGAUGGUCAGCCAAUUCCAGAUCCAUUGGUUAUGCCAGAAACCAAUACAGCCAAUGGAUCAACUGCACUUCAUCAAGAUGAUAACAGGCUUUCAAGUAUAAAUUCUGCAAAUAAUUUACAAAAUGUGACAGACAAGAAACUAAUCCAGUGGAUGUUAACUCUCCAUCAAAUCGGUCUUGAUGUGGUUCGCACUGACAGGACAAUGGUUUUUUACGAGAAGCAAGAAAACUUGUCAAAGCUAUGGGAUAUUCUUGUAGUUUAUGCUUGGAUAGAUAAAGAAGUUGGGUACGGUCAAGGAAUGAGUGACCUAUGCUCCCCAAUGAUAAUUCUUCUUGAUGAUGAAGCAGACGCAUUUUGGUGCUUUGAGCGUCUGAUGCGCAGACUUCGAGGAAAUUUCAGAAGCACUGGUCGCACUCUUGGGGUGGAGGCUCAACUAAGUAAUUUGGCUUCAAUUACUCAAGUCAUUGAUCCAAAACUUCAUAAACAUAUAGAACAUAUUGGUGGAGGUGACUAUGUGUUUGCUUUUCGGAUGCUAAUGGUUCUGUUUCGUCGAGAAUUUUCCUUUUGCGAUUCAUUGUAUCUAUGGGAGAUGAUGUGGGCUCUGGAAUAUGAUCCUCACAUGUUCAUGAUGUAUGAAGAAGCUCAAACAGCUUCUGAAAAAGCUGAGAGAGUCAAAGGAAAAGCAAAGUCAAUCCGACAAUGUGGAAAAUAUGAGAGGGAAAAUUUGAAAAAUGGAGCAAAGAAUACCGAAACUCCUCUUCCUAUAUCAGUUUUCCUUGUUGCCAGUGUGUUGAAAGAUAAAAGUACAACACUACUCCAUGAAGCGCGAGGCUUGGACGAUGUUGUCAAGAUAUUGAAUGACACAACAGGAAAUCUAGAUGCCAAAAAGGCUUGUAUUGAGGCUAUGAAGCUUCACAAAAAGUAUUUGAAAAAGGCCAAGAAAGCUUAG